AUGUUGGCAUAUCUGAAACAAAUACGAUCAUGUUUGCAAAACAUUAUACGGUUACAACAUCAUAAGACUCAUCACCUUAUUCAAAUUAGGCAAUCAUCAAGUAAGUCUCCCACAUCCGGGACCAAAAUCACAAAUGAAGAAGGAAUUUCACAACCAAAACUAACAACCAAACUUGAAAAACCUAAAAAGAAAGCAAAACACCAACCAAAGACUCUUAUAAAUGAGAUGCAACAAUUGAGGACCCAAAAUCUAACAUCAAAAUCGAAUUUACCACCAUGGAUUAAACGUGAACUUACUCAAAAACAAAAAUAUGAAAGAUGGAAUCCAAAAAGAAAAUUAACAAGACAAGAAAUGAUUAAAUUAAAAGAAUUAAAAGAAACUUUUUCAAAUUAUAGAAGUAUUGAUUUAGCUCAAUUUUUUCAUAUUUCACCAGAAGCAGUUAGAAGAAUUUUAAAAUCAAAAUGGGUACCUAAUGAAAUUGAUGAAGAUAGAAUUAUGAGAAGAAAAGAGAAACAGAUGAUGAUUAGACAAGAGAAUAAAAUGAAGGAAAAACUUAACCGAGACGGAUUCAAGUAUCGACUGUCUUCUAAUCGAUUUUUGAAGAAAAGAAUAGAAAAUGAUGAUGAAGAAUUUAAUUCAAAUUAUGAUAGAAUUCAAAGUAAAUUUUAG